ACAACUGCGUGAUUGCCUCUGGAUGGAGAGGUCAUUGUUAAGUUGCAGGGUUGGGCUCCUCUACACAUUCCUGCGACUCUGCCUGCAUCAAUCACCCCCUGAUUCCUUCGCCGUUCCGGUAGCAAGUGGCAAUUCCGCCAGCUGUUCGCCGUUGCAGGUAAAACCCCAUAACCUGCAAGCUAUGAAGCACCACCCCCAAAAACACUCCUCUACAGCACUUUCUAACCGCCCAUGGUUUGUAAUGCUCAUUGGCAAGCAGCGCGACGACAUACAAACAUAUCUUUUAAUAUGAUAUAUUUGAUCUAUUUUUAAAUGUUUAAAGUACUUUUUUAGCAAAUGCUUUUACCUAAAGCAGGGUCAGCCAGUCCCUGGAACAACUGGAACUUAAGGGCCACGCUCAAGGGCCCAAUGAUGACAUCAUUUUAUCGGCUCUGGGAAUUGAACUAACAACUUGCUGAUCGAUACAUAUAAUAACUGAUACUUUAUUGAUCCCCAUGGGGCAAUUCUCUUUACGCCUCCCCCAGCUUCCUAGAUGAGAGCAAACUGGUGGCGAAGGGGCAACCAUCUGUUGGGUGGGUCUUAGAAGAGGGGGCUAACCUGCUGUGCCACGAUCCGACCCCCAGAUUUUAAUCUCUUUCAGCACUCAGGUGGUUCCCGCCCGCUUCCAUUCCUGCCAGUCUUUCAUACAUUUUAGCGGGACCCCCGAAAGCGGCUGUCAAAUCGGACCUUGAGGUUUUCCAUUAGCAGGCAUUAGCAGCACCGCGGCGGGAAGCUUUAAUGCUAACAGCGGAACGCCGCCACUCCUGGGCAUGGAAGGUGACCUUUCCCGCCACUUGGGACUCCGUCGAAGCGCUGAACCUGGAGGCUCCCCCUGGCAUGCUGAGGGAGCCCCAGAGGAAGAGCCGCCCCACCAGACCCGCUCUGAUCAGGGUGCUUUAUAAAUGAUGCUUUGCCUCAUUAGGUACCCGCUAGAACAGCCAAUGGUCAGCAUUCAAGGAGAGACCAAUUAAUUUGCAGUGGCCCUUGAAUAUGCUCCGGAUCCGCCCAUUCCCUGACAAAGAGAUACAAUGCCAAGGCAGUGUAUCCCAACCCGAUCCUCGAGGACGGUCCAUGUUUUUGCUCCCUCCCAGAUAGUCCACAUUUUUGCUCCCGUGCAGGUCUCGGUAGGGAAGAAGCAAAAAGGUGGUCUGUCUGCCCGGAUUGGGAAACACUAUGCUAGGGCUUUGUGCCGCUGAGGGUCUGGGCUUAGUGCAAUCAGUAAUUUGGCUGUGAAAUCAUUUCCUUCACAUCUAUACAGCUACCAGCAGUUAAAACCAUCUUCUCUGCUGUGUAUGAUGGCUUUCGCUGGUUGGACAGCCAGUACAUCACAGUCGUUUUGGUUAAAUAAUAUUCUGUGGAUGAGGAACAAAAUGAAAUAUCAUCUAUGAAUUAAUAUUGUUUUUGAGCACUAACUGAAGAAUUGGUUUUGCCUCUUGUCCAAAGCUGGUGAAGAGUUUCCCACAAUGAAGAGGGUGGAUGCAUCAAAGUAUUUUCAUUUCCUCCUCUGUCACAGGUGUUUACAAUUCCUGGUCCUCUAUUUCCCGCUGCAGGAGUCUCAGCAGAGCACGGCUGACUUCCGGGUCUACAUCGAGAACCACACCAGGAACCCGGACGACCUGAGUCGCAAGCAGAUACGAAUCUACCAGCUCUACAGCCGCACCACGGGGAAGCAUGUGCAGAUCCUGGGGAAGAAAGUCAACGCCAACGGGGACGAUGGGGGCAAGUAUGCCCUCCUCGUGGUCGAGACGGAAACAUUUGGGAGCCACAUUCGGAUAAAAGGAAAGGAGAGUGAACAUUACAUCUGUAUGAAGAAGAACGGCAAGAUUGUCGGAAAGCUCAAUGGGAGGAACCAGGAGUGCGUCUUCGUGGAGGAGUUCCUGGAAAACAACUACACCGCGCUGGUAUCUGCCAAGUACAAGGGGUGGUACCUAGGAUUUAACCGGAAGGGAAGACCCAAGAAAGGCUCACAGACCACACAGACCCAGCAGGAGGUGCAUUUCAUGAAACGGCACCCGAAUCGCAGGUUCGACCCCCUGGAGGAGUUCCGCUUCACCACGGUGACCAAACGGACACGCAGGGCACGCCGGUUAAAGCCCAUCUCCAGUACCAGCUGAGGGACCAUCGGGACCACGUGUUCUCCCUAGCGAUUCCCAUCUUCUCGCCUUAUGCCCUAAAGACAACCAUAAACUUUAAAGAAAAAGAUGUUUUAUUUUUAUACUGGAGAAGCCUUAUAUCUCCCAACUGCUGGAUGUUUCUGGGUUAAUAUAAAUAUAAUUAUUUGUCGAAUUUUAUUUAUACUGGAUAGACUGAGGAGGAAACCACGCAACGAUGUUUUUCUACUUUGACUUCAUCGUAGUAACAGGAAACGAGUUUUCUUGUGAUGGAGAAGAAGCGAGGGACUCACGCAGUCAGAAAUUCACUAGAAAUCCUUCCAGAUUCACACGCCAACCCCCUAGGAGGACGGAUUCUAUGUUUUCCACAGCACGGUUGAACAUUUCAGACACCAAAAUGGACCAAAAUAAAAUGGCAUGUGACAAUGACAUGUUAGGUAACUCCUUAGCUUUAAGUGCAAUACUUCAUACUACGACUCUGCAUUCCAAAAUGGCCGCCAUUAUCUUUGUUCUGACAAGUGGCCAUUCCUGGAUGGAGUGUGAUAAGCUGUGCGCUGUCCGCUUUCUGUCCCAGUGCUGGAUAUGUGAUAGUCUCCAUUAAGUAGAUUUCUGGAUCUGAAGCGAGCAAGUAUUUCUACCUGCUGGAAUAGUGGACUGACCUUAAGACUCUUGGAAACCCAAAAAGGCCUGUUUGUUGGUGGCAAGAAAAAGAUCUCCAUAACCAGGACUGGAACGCGAUCUCAACCAUCUCCAUGUUUCCCCAAAUCCUGCUAAAUCCUUUGUUUGAUGCAAUUAUGACCUCAUACAUAUGGGGUAGUUCUUAAACCACCAAUAUACACCCGUAAUUGUCCCAACAGAAUUUACGUAGUUCUGUUUUGGUUCCUGCUAACUCUUUCAGUUCCCCCCGCAGUUCAGAAAAAAGCCCCAUACAUAUAUAAAUAUAUAUUAGCUAAACCAGCAUACAAACGUGUGUCGUAAUGAUUCAAUGGGUCAGAUUUGUUUCAUGGUACAUUCCCUUAGAAGCUGAACUUCAUGAACAUAAAAACAGCCCUUACCUCAUAUGUACGUAGGUACCCAAAGACAGGACUUGUUGGUGGCACCUGAAUUUUCUUACUACUUCAGUGACAUACAAGAAAUAGUUUCUUACAUUUGACGGCCACUUUCGUGUUUAGGAAGGACACUUAAACAGUGAGGGAAUCCACAACAGAUGGGUCACGUCUGAGAUUAGAAAGACCCUCGAAAUAUGUGUUGAUGAAAUUAUUUCAUGUGUCACCCCAACAGAACAUUCUAAGUUAUAUUUAACGCCACAGAAUAUUAUAAAUUAGUUUUAUGUGAGGCCAGUUCCGGUGUUUUUUGUUCUCCUCAAGGAUAAACGUACCAGAACUGGUUAUUGCAGAAGAUUGUGGAGCUAUUGGCCCCAGAGAAGGUUUGAGUCUUGGCAGCCAUUGUUCCGGUGGUUGAUGGUUAAUAUUCUGGGUUAUUACUCCCCUGCCCUGAGGCAGGUCUCUGUCGUGUACAAGAUACUACUAACAAUAUGUCACAUUUAUGAUUUUUAAAUGUAUGCGGAAAUAAUUUUUAUGACUAUUAUAAAAUAUUUAUUGCCUUUCUUUGUAAAUACAGCCCGAUGAAUUUGUUUGGCCUCUGUUA